CUCGCCGCCGGCCCGCCGCAAAAGGACAACGUCGCCCUUCAAUCUGGCUCUCAGCCUCGGAGCCUCGGGAGCUGCGGCUUCCCCAAUGGCCCAGCCAAAUGUCGAGCCCGAGGAUGACUACGACUAUGAAUCACUCCCGCCAAACUUUUCGUUGCUACAGAACAUGACGGCUGGCGCCUUUGCGGGUAUUGCUGAGCAUUGUACAAUGUAUCCUAUCGACGCCAUCAAGGUGAACAAAUACCUUUCUCGAUCGCCCCACCCGCGCCCCGAGGCUCCUGCAGACUGCAGACUGACACUCGGUGACUCGCAGACACGAAUGCAGAUAAUCAACCCUACUCCUUCGGCCGUCUACAACGGAGUGUUCCGAAGCACCUACCGGAUAGCCACGAGCGAAGGUAUCCUAAGUCUAUGGCGUGGCAUGUCGAGUGUUAUAAUAGGGGCCGGCCCUGCCCAUGCCGUCUACUUUGCUACAUAUGAAGCGGUUAAGCAUCUCAUGGGUGGGAAUCAAGUUGGUAUGCACCAUCCACUCGCCGCGGCAACCAGUGGGGCGUGUGCAACCAUCGCAAGCGAUGCGUUGAUGAACCCUUUUGACGUCAUCAAACAACGGAUGCAAAUUCAAAAUUCGGCCAAGAUAUACCGCUCCAUGGUUGACUGCGCGAAAUAUGUGUACAGAAACGAGGGCUUGGCUGCAUUCUACGUUUCCUAUCCGACCACGCUUUCCAUGACGGUACCCUUCACUGCAUUGCAGUUUCUAGCCUACGAAUCGAUUUCCACUUCCAUGAACCCGACGAAGCACUACGACCCCGUUACGCACUGCCUUGCCGGCGCAGUCGCGGGCGGGUUUGCAGCAGCCCUGACAACGCCUAUGGACGUCAUCAAAACAAUGUUGCAAACCCGCGGAAAUGCCCAUGAUGCCGAACUAAGAACAGUCAAUGGAUUUGUUGCCGGAUGCCGGUUAUUAUAUCGGAGAGAAGGUUUCGGCGGAUUUUUCAAAGGCGUUCGUCCGCGGGUCAUGACCACAAUGCCGAGCACCGCCAUCUGCUGGUCUGCUUACGAGGCGUCCAAGGCCUACUUCAUUCACCAGAACACAAAUGCAACAAUAUCAUAACCCGUAUCCUCUCGGCACAUCCGACUAAGAUGACUAUGGCGUUUCUGCGACCUUUAUCCCCUCGUCCGCCUCGAGUCUGUGGUGUGACUGCCAGGCACAUAACACGUACCUAGAAUUAAGCGGAAGCUUGUCUACAUCUCAGCCGGGUUGGUUCAUCUAGAUGUAAAUUGUGCCUCGUCGCUUUGAAGGCACCGAGGGAACUUGCUGCACCUUUCAAAGGCCCUUCCACGCCCGACCUUGAAACUGGUCGAGGUUCUGGAAGCGGUUAAACCUAGGCAUGACUUAACACAUG